AUGUCCUCGCGUCGACGAUGGUGUAAAUUAUGCGAAUCGAAAGAUUUCUGUAACAACUUUAGUAAUUGGACUAGUGGAAAUAAGGCUAUUGAUCGAAUAAUUCAAUAUACACAAUUAAAUGCGAACGACGUUGACGAAUACUUGGAGUGGAUCCCGUUCCAUAGACUUGCUGAUUUUGCUAAAAUGGGGGAGGGAAAAUAUAGCACUCUCGUGUCAGCUACUUGGCUAGAUGGACCACGGCAGUUUUGGCAUUCUGAAAAUGAGGAGUAUCAGAGAAUCGGACCUACUAAAGUUGCGCUGAGAGUAUUGGAUAACAGAAGAAAGUUCUAUAAAGAUCUCCUACAUCAAUUAAAGUCUCAAUUAAGAUAUACAUUCCAUGAGGAGUUUCAGUCUGCCUUCGGAAUCACGCAGGAUCCAGAGACGAAAAAGUACAUGGUUGUAAUGGAAUAUUCUCUACAAGGAGAUCUAUACCAAUACCUUGAUAGGAUGCACAAAAAGUCGGAUUUCAGAUGGAUUCGUAAGAUCCAAUGUUUGAGGUCAAUAGCAGAAGGUUUAAGGUCGAUUCACAGCGACAGGCUGAUCCAUGGUAGUCUUCAUGGCGGCAAUAUUCUUCCCACUGAUCCAAUACCAGGACUUCCACCUCGGUUAAGGCUUAGUGAUGCUGGUCUCUGUUGCUCUCCUAAUGAAGCAAAUACAAAGCAUUAUUUCGGAGUGUUACCGUACAUGGCACCCGAGAUUCUUCGUGGGCAACAAAUAACAGCAGCAGCAGAUGUGUACAGCGUUGGUCUUUUAAUGUGGGUAUUUGCCACUGAGCAAAGGCCCUUUUCUGAUAGACCACAUGAUGUUCGGUUGGCAAGAGAUAUUCUUAAUGGAGUGAGACCUGAGAUUCCAGUUGGGACACCAGACUUUUUUGUGCAAAUAAUGUGCCAGUGUUGGCAAGAUGAACCGCUGUCUCGUCCGACUUGUUAUGAUCUUGUGAAGAUAUUUCAAGGAUGGUACGAUGAAAUUAACAAUAAGAAACUAACUAGUGCCGCGAAUCAAUUUGGAUUUGCCGAUGAGAAAAGAGCAAAGAUUAUACAAGAAAGAUAUAAAGCUACUUCCUCAUCCGAUAGUGUAGACACGGCAUCAUCAAUUAAUAUUCAUCCUGAAGCUCUAUACACUAGUCGACCAUUAAACUUUAACUUAAACUCGGUUUGA